AACGGUAAAAUGUACUGGAUCAGCGAAUCGCCGAGGAGAGCCAUAAAAAAUGCAGGACCCGCGGAAGAGAGCAGCUGCCGUUUCCCCAAAAAGUUUUUGCUAUCCAUGGGGAUCUAGUAACUCCUCUGCUAUAGUACAUAUUUGACAAGCUACAGUCGGCUCGAGCUUGCACUCCUGCUUCACGUUCAGUGUGGUUCAGACGCGCGGAGCUUCUCAGCGUUUUAACUCAGUUUGUUUUUUGUCAGUUGGUGAGGCCACCCCAACAACACAGCAGUCAUGGACGCCAUCAAGAAGAAGAUGCAGAUGCUUAAACUAGACAAGGAGAAUGCCCUGGACAGAGCUGAGGGAGCUGAGGGGGACAAGAAGGCAGCGGAGGACAAGAGCAAACAGCUUGAGGAUGACCUGGUAACGCUGCAGAAGAAGCUGAAAGGAACAGAGGAUGAGUUGGACAAGUACUCUGAGUCUCUUAAAGAUGCCCAGGAGAAACUUGAACUCGCCGAGAAGAAAGCCACAGACGCCGAGGCUGAUGUAGCUUCCCUGAACAGACGUAUCCAACUGGUUGAGGAGGAGUUGGAUCGUGCUCAGGAGCGUCUGGCCACAGCUCUGACCAAGCUGGAGGAGGCUGAGAAGGCUGCUGAUGAGAGUGAGAGAGGCAUGAAGGUGAUUGAAAACAGAGCAUCGAAGGAUGAGGAGAAGAUGGAGCUGCAGGAGAUCCAGCUGAAGGAGGCUAAGCACAUCGCUGAGGAGGCUGACAGGAAAUACGAGGAGGUCGCCCGUAAGCUGGUCAUCAUUGAGAGUGAUCUGGAACGUACAGAGGAGCGUGCUGAGCUCUCUGAAGGCAAAUGCGCUGAACUGGAGGAAGAGUUGAAGACAGUCACAAACAACCUGAAGUCUCUUGAGGCUCAGGCAGAGAAGUACUCACAGAAGGAGGACAAGUACGAGGAGGAGAUCAAGGUUCUCACAGACAAGCUAAAGGAGGCUGAGACCCGUGCUGAGUUCGCUGAGAGGUCCGUGGCCAAGCUUGAGAAGACCAUUGAUGAUCUGGAGGACCCUCUGUACCAGCAGCUUGAGAAAAAUCGUCUUCUUUACAAUGAACUGAGAGUGGUGUUAAAUCAGGAAUAAACUAUUACUGGAUGUGUUGUGAAAUUACCACUGUGCUCAAAUUGGAUGAAACAAAAUGAAAGGCACUCUUCAUUUGUGGCACAACAUUAAAAUACCUUUGUCUUGUCAUGUCAUUGGCCGUAGACAUUUGUCUGAUGCUGUGAUGGAAAUAUAGGCUAAUGUGUGUCUCUGACACAAACCUAAGAGUCAGGCAAAGACAAAAAACAUAUACAUAUUGGAUCAUAUUUAUCGGGAAGAAUGAAUUGGACUGUAGAUAAUGCGGAGCAUCAGAGAAAUGAAAUGCAUGUUCACAUUGCAGGUGAAGAGGGCAGGUUUCACAGACUCACAGAUGGAUUUAAGCGCAGGCCUAUUUUAGUUUAGUUAACCAACAUCUGGAAUUGUUAUUUCAUGAACAGCAAUUCGAUUUAGAUAACAUAAACUGGAUCACUGUCUAUAAGUCUAUGACUGAAAGAUUGUCCAUUGUACAGGAGUAAUUCUGGGCAUAAUCUGGGUCUGUGAAACUGACCCACAAUGUAUGAUAAGGCUUGAUAUGAGUGUGCAUUAUAACAAUAUCUACUGACUGUGGUUGACUAAGAAUAUACACAGGGACCACCUUUUAAUGUUUUAACUAUAACAAUCUUCAUUCAAUAUUAUUGGGUCUGUGAAACUCUUGGUUAAGUCAUUUUCAUUGUGGUCAAAAAUGAUAGACUGCAGGCUUAAUUUUUGUUGCACACAUAGUGAUGAAUUGAACAUGUUUAAUGGUACUGUAUAUUGACAGACAAACUCUAUCAGGCUAAUGAUGAGAACUUUGACUUGUGUCAAAUGUUGGAUCAGACACUCAUGGACCUCAAUAACAUGCAACAACAUGGUCCAUUAUCACACAAGACUGCACCGCUCACCUGCUGUGACCUGGUCCAGCAUUACACCAUGAUCACACAAACACUCACCUGCCGUUGCCAUGGAGGGCUCCUCCGUGCCCUCUUUGUGGAGAUCUCUGGGGCUUGACUGUUUUCUCAGCUCUCAGAGGGGCUGAGAAAACAAACACAAUGGACUUUAACUGGAUGUUAGCUAGACAGCAAAGCAGACAUAUGGCUGAGCAGUCACUUGACUCAUAUACCAUUUAUUUUUGUAUGUUAAAGUGACAUUUAAUUGAUAAAAUGUGCACUUGAUUUAUUCAAGCUAUUAUAAUGAACAGGAUUACUCUUGACCAAUUAAACCAUAACCGAAGCCAAGGUUUAACAUUUGUACUUUUUUAUUCUGCUUUUGUAACUUGUUCCUUAGUUAUUUAUUGUCCAUGUUUCUUUAUGUACAUGUUUCAUAUGUAUGUGCUGGUGCCUCAGUGAUAUACAGUACUUAUAUUUAAAAGAAAGUAAGCAUGUGCAAGAAAGUAAGCAUGUGCAAUAUGUACCUCCAGCAUGUUCAUUUAAUCUCAAAUAGAUCGACCUAGAUCAUUUCAUGUCCAGUGUCUGCCACAGGAAUGUUUUUUUUUGUUGUCAAAUAGUAUACAUGUUUGAUUUGAUGGUGUCUCUUGUUCAUUUUAUUAUGUGAAUGUAAUAUAUAAAUAAAAACCCACAAUCACA